AUGAGUCAAAAUUCGUCGGCGAGUGAAAGAAAGAGCAAGGGCAGCAAGGAACAAAGAAGCCGAACCUCAAGUGUGGGCACCAACUCCGCGUCGUCGACCUUCAGCAAUUCAACCCAGAUCGAAACGCGAGCGUUUGAUGUCAUUAAUUCGUUCGCUCGUCCAGGCAUGACCCAAAUCCUGGAAAACAUCGUGGUGAAGGACGCGAACUUGUUCGCGGACGACGAGUUGAAAGCAAACGGGAUAACGUUCGAUGACAUGAACCUGAAAGACUUUAAACCCUUUGACCUCAAAAUUUACGAUGCAAACGACAAGGUCAACCCUAAGGUUACCGAGCUUUCUAUGUACGAACCACUGCGGAAGGGGUUUCAAGACUGCAUCGAUCGAGCUGGAGUCCCGCUUGUGUGUUUGGACACUCACUCCCUGCGUGAAGAACUUGACGAAGACCUCAGUCUUGAUGCAAAAGCGGGGCCAGACCUAUUAAUUACCUUUAAAGGGGACAAAUAUGGCGAGGAAUCUGGUUCCUGGGGGCCUACUCUAUUCUAUUGCCCUGGAAUUGUAGUCGAAGUGAAACGCAACUUCAAGGAUGACCCGAAUUUGUCGGAGGAUCCCAGCCAAGAAAUUCAGUACUCGCGUGCUCAAGUUGACCUAUGCGAUCAAAUCAAUCGCUACGUCAGCCUUGCACAAUUUCCAUCCAACCCUUGUCGCUACAUUUACUCCAUCACCGUGACUGGACACAAGAUGCGACUCUGGAAGUGGACCGCUACUGGAGUUGUAGUCAGCGAGUCAUUCCUAUACAAGGAGAAGGAGGAGGUACUUCCCUUAUACAAACUCUUCGCCGCCAUCACAUCACGCAGCGGCCUCGGCCUCAACUGGCGCACCACCGAGAAGGACGACAAAUCCCCAGAAGUGUCCAUGGCGGAUGCAUUUCGUGACAGGAUGGAGUUCACCGAGUAUCAGUGGAAGCAGGAGCACUCAGAAAAGCUCGAUUUUCUCAUCCCAAAGUAUGCCAGCUGGAGGGGUGUCCCCCCUGAGAAAGGAUGGGCCAAGGUCAUGAAAACCAGCUUCAUGUGGCAGAUUGGAGUGUAUGAAUCAACAAAGGAACACCUGCCUCCGAUCGUCUACCUCGUAUUCAAGCACCCUAUCUGGCGCGCAGCCAAUAUUGUAAGUCGCGGCACAAAGGUAUACAUCUGCAUCGAGAAAAAGUUCUUCGAGGCAAUGAAAAUCGAGAGUGUGACGGAUGAAGAUAUUCUGAAGAAGACGAAGACUCUCAAGACGAGCUGGCCGUUUCUAAGUCGGGACGCAGAGGCUACUUAUUUCAACGACGGCAAAGCAGAGGAUCGCGCGCAGUCCCGGGGCAAGUUUAUGACUGUCUCCGAAGCCGAGCGUCUUAAGGAUGGUGUUGCGCGGCGCGCUUGUUGGCAUCUAUUCGAUGGAGUCGGAACAGAGCUCACUAACUUUACCUCCACCAAAGAGCUUAUUGACGUUCUACGUCAAUGCCUCCGGACUCAUAAUGAUCUGUUCACUAAGGCCAAUAUUCUCCAUCGAGAUAUCUCCCUUGACAAUAUUCUUAUUCAAGUUUCACCGGCCAAGUCUGGAGAUACUCGACGCGGCAUGCUCAUUGACCUCGACUAUGCAAGAACAGCGAAAGACCUCGCCCAGAUCUACAAAAUCUCCUAUAAUACGACGGAGACACAGAAGUUGGAUGGGGCGCCACCCUCAACCGGGAGGAAGACGCCACGGCCAGACCUUACGGGUACCGUCAGGUACAUGGCCAUUGCAUUGGAUAAUUGGCCACUCCAUCGCGAUUGGCACGAUUACGAGUCCUUUUAUUGGAUCCUCAUUUUCUGCGCCGUUCGUCACAUAAAAGAGGUCAAGAUCGUAUGGUCUUAUUUCUAUGACGGCGUCCUGGAAAUUAGUGGCGUCAAUAACAACGCACGCCGGGAGGCUCUCAAUGCUAUUUUCCGCGAUCGCGGUACGACGGAGAGGCUCGCGCGUAAGCAGUGCACCGCAGGAAAGCUCGACUUUAUCCUCAACGCGAAGCUUAAAUUCUCAGAGGACUACGAACUCGAACGGCUCGUCAAUAAACUCACCGUCAUGCUCCGCAAAUUGUACAUGACACUCGGAGCAGUAUCCCACCUGCAGUCUUCCAUUCAGCAAAUACGCGAAGAAUUUGCCCAACAGCUCAGGGAGUUCAAAAACUCCAAGUGGCCAAAUUUUGCGUACGGCAACUCGUAUGCGGUCCGCGACAAGGAGGAUCUCAAGGGAUACGCAGCAAGGCUCACCGACUUUGUGGGAAAAUUGAAGGAAUAUACCGACACGAACCCGAGCCUCAAGGCAUCACUUGCUACUCUAUUUGUGCAGAUCGAUUUAGAGAUCACCAAUGUCAAGUUUUACGCAGGACAACUAGAAGACUUUGGCUAUCAGGCCUUCUCUAGCCUCCUUCAGGAGUAUACAGGUGUUUCCAAAUCCAAGCCUGUGCCAUACGACUAG